UUCAUCGAAAAGUUGAAAGUUCGUAAAAAUUUGCAUUUAUUUUUACUGUUUUUUAUGUUUCUAAACCCCACAUUGUUAACUGGAGCAUAAUGGUGAAAGCGUCAUCCAUUUCUCCCCGCAGCCCGAAAAAGGCGAAGGGAUUAAAAGGGUUCCUGAAGCAGUUUCGCGAGUGCACGAAACGGCCGCAGCUGUUUCUCACAACACAGAAAGAGAUUGCGGAACAAGUGAAAUCGUUGGUAAAAGGACUGUACGAUUAUGGCACGAAAAACGAGUUCAGCGAACAGAAUGGAACAGCCUCGGUCACCAGCUACCUCGACGAGCUGGUUACGGAUGAGAUGGAUGCGGAACAAAUUUGGCAACAAUUGGACCUGAAAAACACUUGCGUAGUCGAACAGGGAUUGGAAAACAUCUCCAGCAUACUGUCCAAGAACGAGAAAGCGUUGCUCCUGGACUUCACCACUGGUACUGGCGAUGACGAUCAGGACGAUGCUUCAGGCCACGAAUCGGAUCAGCAAGAUCAAGAAGACGAGGAAAACGGGGAGCGAAAGAUCACGAAAGCGCGUAAAAAAUCUACAAAAGCUAAGAAAAGCAACGGCGAAAAGAAGGGCAAGCCGAAGCGAUCGGUAGUGGAUGAUCAAUUCUUCAGGUUGGACGAUAUGGCCCGCUUUCUGGAUGAGGAGGAUGAUCGGGAAAGAAGGCGCCAGAACGGAUUGGCGGAAAAGGAUUCGCUUAUGGAAAUUGACUAUUUCGAUGAAAACACUGGAAAAGAUGAUGAAGAUGACGAAGAGGGUGAGUUGAAGUACGCCGACUUCUUCGAUGACGACGACGAUGAUGAUGGCGAUGAAGACGAGGACGAUGAUGGGGACAGUGAGGAUGGAGAUGAAGAUGAUUUAGAUCGCGAGAUGAGCGGUGAAGAGGAUGAAGAUGGAGAGGAUAAUGACAAAAAUGGAGCACAAGAAGAAGAGGAAGAGCUCACCGAUGAGGAGGAAAUGGAACGUAAUCGUAGGCUGCGAUAUGAGAUCUACAAGGGUGAAAGCGGCAUUCCGUACGAAGCGGAAAAGCGAUCGCAAGCGACGAAACUUAUCGCUGAACCAAGUGACGAGAGUGAACCCGAGAAUGUUGGCGAUGGCCAAAAGUCGUCCCACGAACUACGGCAAGAAAAGUUCCUCCAGAAGGUAUCCAGGAUGGAGGAGCAAAUGCUGAAGGCGAAACCAUGGCAGUUGAUGGGGGAAACAACGGCGGACUCACGACCACAGAACUCACUGCUGGAGGAGGUACUACAGUUUGAAAACACCACCCGAACGGCACCGGUAAUUUCCGAAGAGACGACGAUGAAGCUGGAAGACAUCAUUAGGCAACGCAUCAAGAACAAAGCGUUCGAUGACGUCGAGCGUAAGGUACGGCCACCGGAAAAUCCACGCGAGUACCGCAAGCAGCUAGUACUGGACGGAGAGAAGAGCAAGGAAUCACUGGCUCAAGUGUACGAGGCGGAUUAUUUGAAGCAGUUGGAGAAAUCUAAUCCCGACGCAGCAGAUCAAACGGUCGAGGAAGAGGAACCGAAAGAGCACAAAGAAAUUCGGCGCAUGAUGAAGAGUUUGAUGGCCCAACUGGACGCACUAUCGAACUUCCACUUCACACCACGCCCAGCCGUGCCGGAGCUGAAGAUUCUCACCAACACGGCCGCAAUCAGCAUGGAAGAAGUGGCACCGGUGGCGGUAAGUGAUGCAAAUUUGCUCGCCCCGGAAGAGGUACAUCGCCGACCGAAGGGCGAUGUCAUGUCGAAAGAGGAACGCACCAAAACGGACCAGAACCGCGAGCGACGGUUGAAGAAGCGCUUCCAGCAGGAAAAGUUCCGCCGCGAGGCCGAGCGGGAACAGAAGCAGCUGGCCAAGGCCAACGCCGGCAUGGCAACCAGUGCGAAGGAGUCGCGCGAGCUACAAGCUUCGUUGAUGAAGAAGGUGACGAAAGCGAAAAAUGUACAACAAAUGGCGGAAACCAGCUCGGGCGGUGCAUCGAAAUCUUCCAGCGCUUUCUUCUCGCGCCUACAGGACGAAGUGCGGUCGCAGGUUAAGGCCAAAGCGAAUGGUGCCUCGAAAAAGAAACGACCAGCAGCGGAUACCUUGCAAGCAGCAAGCAUGAAACUGUAAGCGCGGAAAACAUUAAAUAUAAUGUUAUUAAAUGUA